UAUGGAAAGAAAACUGUCCCGAUUAUUCUGAACCAUUUUCUUUUUUUUAUAACUAUUUCAACAAUUUCAACAGUAGACCGUGUUAUAAUUUUUGUUUGUUAUUUUGGAAUUGCAAUACAAAUUAAUUCGCUUCUUGAUUUGUUCUAAGAUAUUCUUCCUGAUGUUUGACUAUUAGAGACGACAAUAAAGAACAUAAACCCGAUAUCACGUUAUGGGGACCAGAAAUAAUUAAUUGCGGCGCCGUAUCUUCAGAGGAUCCUGGACAACAGAAGGAACUAUCUCCAUAUUUGGAGAGGAGGGGUAAUCCCCUCCACCUCCCCCACUCUCCCAAUCCACCCUGAGGUGAGGAGAGGCAAGGCAAACUUGUUGUAAGGAAAAGAGUAUUACGAUCUCCCCGCCCAGCCAGGGGUAAAGUUGGAGAGGGGCUCCCAGAUUUGGAGGGAUUGGAUUGUCAUUUACGGGAAUAUCCUCAGAUGGGGAAGGUGUCAUCUGCUCCGAAGGAAGGUUUUCAGUACUGAAGGUUUCAGAACACGGCUUACAACGUUACCACCAGUUACCACAUGUAAUAUUCGUUCAAAAGAAACGUAUACAUAUUCUAAUACGAAUAUUCGCAAAUUAUUCAGAGAAUACAUAUUAGCGAUUACUUGAGAAACGUAUACGCUUUCGACCACUCGUAAAUUACGUAUACGCAACGUUGCGAGUGAGUUACAGAAUCGAGCCCCUGCUUCACCCUGCUUGUGGCGGCUGAGCGAAGACGAGCUCGCGGGCGUCGCGGUAGAUAGCGGGAGAGGGUCGACCGCUACAUUUUCACCAUGUCAGAAAAAGGGAAUAUUUUAUAUGAAGAUGAUGUGACAUCUGAAUGGAAAGAUUUAUCAUUAGGACAAUUAUUGUUAAAACAACUAACACUGCAUGGUACUUGUGUAGCACAAAUAAACGCCCAUACAGGCAAGGAACAAACUUUCGAACAUAUCUUAAACACUAGUCGUAAGUUGGCAAUUUUCUUUCAGAAAAAAGGAGUGAAAGUAAAUGAUACAAUUGCCAUAUGCAGUGAAAAUAACUUGGAAUUUCAUAUUGUUAUAUGUGCUAUAUUUUAUGUGGGUGCUACAGUCUGUCCAUUAAAUCCACUAUAUUCAGAAAGAGAAUUCAAACAUGCACUUGCCAUUUCUAAGCCAAAAUAUUUAUUUAUUUCUGCAAUAGCAUUUAAUAAUAUAAAAAUGAUAAUCAAGGAUUUAUACUGGUCACCAAAAAUAUUAAUAUUAACUGAACAUCACAAUAUCAGUACAACAUGGAUGAAUUUAAGCAAAGCAAUAUCAAAUAUAUCAAACAGUGAUAUGAAUAUGUUCCGAGCUAUUUCUGUUGAUAUAAAUAACCAUGUAGCAGCAAUUUUAUGCUCGAGUGGAACUACAGGACUACCUAAAGGUGUCAUGUUGACAGACAAAAAUUUCAUUACAGUCAUAAAACAUGUAAUGGAUAUAUAUAUACAGAUUAAUGAAGGAAAACUUACAGGUUUAGCAUUGCUACCAUUUUUUCAUGUAUAUUCAUUUACUAUAUUGCUGGUUAGACUCAUAACUGGAAACACGUCUAUAAUCUUUUCACAUUUUGAUGAGGAAUUGUUCCUACAAUGUAUUGAGAAAUACAGAAUUGAGAAUUUAAUAUUGGUGCCACCACUUAUGGUGUUCUUGGCUAAACAUCCACUUGUAGAUAAAUAUGAUUUAUCAUCUGUUAAGGUAAUAGCAUGCGGAGCAGCACCUUUGUCAGAAGAGAUUUAUGAGGCUGUUACCAAGCGAUUGAAUGUUCCUGUAAUUAAGCAGGGUUAUGGAUUAACAGAAACUACUCUAAGUGUGCUAUGGUCAACAGGUGAUAAGGCAAAACCAGGCAGUUUUAUGUUAGCUCCAGGCAUGUCUGCAAAAAUCAUACCACUGGGAGAAUUUGAAACAGAUAAAACUUUAGGGCCAAAUUGCAGAGGAGAAUUAUGUUUCAAGGGAGAUUUAAUAAUGAAAGGUUAUUGUAACGAUGAAGAAUCUACUAGAGCAACAAUUGAUAAAGAUGGUUGGUUACAUACAGGAGAUGUAGGAUACUAUGACAAAGAAAGAUACUUUUACAUUGUUGAUCGUGUAAAGGAACUUAUUAAAUAUAAGGGUUAUCAAGUUCCCCCAGCUGAGCUUGAAGCGAUUUUAUUAACAUAUCCUGGUGUGAGAGACGCAGCUGUAAUUGGCAUUCCAGAAGAAAUAGCUGGAGAAUUGCCAAUGGCUUUUAUUGUAAAACAAGAUAAUUCCAACGUACGUGAAGAGGAUAUAAUUCAGUAUGUUAACGAGCGUGUGUCAAAUCCUAAGCGACUCAGAGGUGGUAUAAGAUUCAUAAAUAGCAUACCAAAGACUGCGUCUGGUAAAAUUCUGCGUCGACUACUGCGCGAUUCUUUACAAUCAAAAUUAUAAGCAUGUCAAAUAUCUACCUUUUAUAAUGUGUAUUAUUUGCUAUAUUUUUUUUAGUGAUAUUUUGCAUAAGCAAAAUUCAUGAUUAUUAUGAUUAAAUA